AUGAAGACACAAAACAUGCUUGAACCUUCAGGUACCGGAAUUGAACUGCCGCAAGCCGCUCAACAAGCUCUCCAACAACAAAGUUUGGAUCCCAGUAUUCCUGCCAUAGCUACUCAGUGCUUUAUGUUGUCGAACAUGUUUGAUCCACGGACAGAAACUCGUCCUACAUGGGCCAUCGAAGUGCGGGACGAUGUUAUUGAGGAGUGCUACAAGAACGGUGGUGCGCUUCAUGUUUACGUUGACACGGCCAGCCCACAGGGUAAUGUGUACGUGAAAUGCCCAUCAGUGGCUACUGCUCAUAAAAGUGUUUCUGCCUUACAUGGACGCUGGUUCAGUGGAAAGGUCAUUACUGCAAAUUACGUACCGGUAUCUUCUUAUCAUGAAUUAUUCCCUGACGCAGUUCUUGCACGGAAUAUCCUAGCCCCAAAACCUCAGGAUAGUAUACCGGUAGCAGCAACUACUGUAAGCUCAUUUGCACCGGUAGCAGCAACUACUGCCCACACCGCGAAUUUCGCUGUGCCAGCUCCUCCGAUGUCCGGUUAUGGUGCACCUCCCCCUCAGCCUGGAUUUUACUGA